AUGUCUGGCCAGGACGCACGCCUUCCCAUGGUAAUCACACCGCCAAGAAAUGCCCGGAACGUAAAGGAACAGAAGGGCAUCAGGAUUUCCUUGCAUGCUGAAGAGCCCACAUACAGUGAGAAGCCUGGAAGCGAGCCAGAAGAGGUGACGCUGCAGAAAGCCAGCAAACAGAUUGUGCAGAACGCCAUCUUGCGGGCCGUGCGGCAAGUCUCCCAGGAGAGCCGGCAGAGUGGGGACAGAGCCCGUGACAGCCGGGGCAGCCUCCAGCUGGGCGUCGGGGAAUUAACCAAGAAGCACGAAAAGAAGUAA